UCAUCAGCGGACAAAACUGAUUAACUUUCAAUUCAAUAUGCCAUUUGGAAUCCGAGAGAAACCUGUUUGUAGUAUGGUUCAGCAUUGUAUCUUUUAGUUCAGACAUUUGCCACUUUGGCGCUGGAAACAAUUUCUCGAAUAUACAUGAUCUUUAUGUAUAUAUCACAAUUAAUACCAUCCUGAUCCAUACCAUGUGGCAACAUUGCUUUGUCGUUAUUUUGUGUAAAGAUUCGGCGAAUUCUAUUUUUAGCCUGACAGAUUUGUUAAUAGGUAUAUAUUAUAUUCUUUAGUUUUGUAACUUUGCAACAGUCGUUUGUUUUGGUUCAGGAACGUCGCUGUGUGCGCUCGAUUUAAAAGUGAAUAUGAAUAAUAAAGGACGUUGUAAAUUGAUGGUUGAUAUGUGUUUAUAAGUUAGCCCAGCAAGUUACCGUCACUGAAACCACCCCAGGAUAUUCAGUGGAAAAGAUGUAUUAUAAAGAAUACAAAUAUGAAACCGUUUUCUCCACUUCGCAGUUAUCGAAACUGGAGAAUUUCGUUUUACCUCCUAGAACUACUAUCUUAGCAUUAUCUCAGAACGGAGGAGACAAGGAAGAAGACAAAAAGUAUGUCGUCAAGAAUCACGGAAAAGCUGAUCUUUUUGUUGAGGUAAUACAUCUCAAUAACCAAGAUGAUGCUCCACAAUGGUUUGUAGUCCAGCCAGACCAAACCACUGAGAUAGAUAUUGAGGACAAUCUUGAACAAAGCGUGUUGAAAGUAAGCAACAACAGUUACGAACAGGAAGUAUCAUUUUCUGCUAAAGGUGGUCACGUUAUUGACGACUUGGAAAACAACAUGGAAGAACUUCUUGACUCAAACGAAACAGAAACUGAAAUGGUCGUUCUGGAAAACUUUUCUUUAAGCCCAAGAACUGCUGUCACUGUUUUGAGUCAAAAUGUUGAAGGAAGCAAUGAACAUCCUGGAAAGUAUACUGUAACUAACCUUGGUAAAGCUGCUUUCGAUAUUGAGUUGAAGCGUACCUCACCCGUUCAAACUCUAGAGCUCCAUCGCAAAACCGUUCAGCCUAAUACAUCUGAGUCUUUUGAACUCACAGCUCAAUUCCAAUCUACCGUUUUGGAAGUUAUCAACACAAGCCAGACUGAAGAUGCAGUUUUUAGAGCUGAAGGAGGAGAUGUUAUUGAAGAUAUUGAGGAUUUGAUUAGAAAUAUUGAUGAGAAAGAAGAAACUGGUGUUACUAAUAUUCUAACAAAUUUAGAGAGCUUGCAUUUGAACUCACGUUCAUCCGUCCCUGCUUUGAUGUAUGAUCCUAAGGAUGAUACCAUUUCCGAACAUCAUAACUUCACUGUUACCAACCACGGAAAAUCUGAUAUAGAAGUUGAGGUUACAUACACUGACAGCGAUGACCGUGCCAAUGAUCAAUACAAGGUAGUCAAACCAAAUGAAACUGUAAAACUUGAACAUAAGAAAGACGCUGGAGUAGCUCUGUUAAAUAUAUUGAACAGACAUUACACAGACGCUGCUAUUAUCACCGCCAAGGGUGGAAGAGUAGUUCGAGACAUUGAAAGAAAAAUCAAACAACUUGUGUCUGAUGAAAAAUCAAUAAUGAUGGUGAAUGAUUUCCAUCUGGCACCUGCAUCAUCUGUAGUUGUCAUGCAUCAAGUUGGUAGAUAUAACCGAAGACCCGUGUACCCAGCUGGACAUCGCAAACUCCAACAUGUUGUAGUUCGUAGACUUAAACACCAUCCUGGACUUACAUCAGGACGUUUUGCACGUAAACCAGCAGUAUCCCGUCCUCGUAAACAAUCAGGUAGCCCAGCAGGUUUAGGACGUCGUCCAUUCCGUCGUCCAUCUUGCAGGCCAAUGAUACGACCAGCCCAUCUUUCAGGUCAAGGUGGUCAACAUCCAGCGCAACAAGAGCACCACCAAGCUCAACAACAGCACCACCAAGCUCAACAACAGCACCAACAAGGUCCUCAAGCUCGACAAUGCAGACCAGCGCGCAGACCAAGAAUUGUUAUGCGCCCCGCUGCCCAACGUAAACCCGUUGCUCAUGAUAGAUACACAGUUGCUAAUCAUGGAACUCAUGCUUUUACCGCUCAGAUCGUUCACGUUAAAGGAGGAAAGCAGGAGAUAGUACGCAGUCAAGUUGUCCAACCCAACGAAACCGAAGAGCUUCUUCUUAAAGACGUAAAUGGAUCGUCUUUGAAAAUCGUCAACGAAAACGAGACUGAUUACGCAAUCUUCUCAGCUGAAGGAGGUGAAGUAGUUGAUGGAUUAAGAUAUAUGGUAAGACCACUGCGUCGCUGUCCUGGUGCAAGAAAAAUGUUCUAUGGAUUUUAAGUAUUUAAAUAAAAUACUCAUGUUCUGAAUAA